CAUGAGUGUGGGUUAGCAGCUUCAGAAUUGAAAAAGUGAUUUAAGUUCUUUCCUCUUGAAUUAGAAAGGAAAAAGAGAAAGGAAAAUUCAGUACUGGGUCUGUUGCCGGUUCCAUGGAGGCAGCAGUGGUGAGCGUGUCGCAUGGCGCCAUUGGCUUCGUGAUUGCGAAGCUUGGCGAUCUGCUCGCUGGCAAGUACAAGCUGCUGAAACAAGCCAAAGGCGAGAUAAUGUUCCUUAAAGCUGAGCUCGAGAGUAUGCGAGCAUUCCUGGAGAGGAUGUCGGAGGCGGAGGAGGAGCCCGACAAGCAAGCCAGGUGCUGGGCAAACGAGGUGCAUGAUCUGUCCUAUGACAUCGAGGACAGCGUCGAUGAGUUCAUGCUCCUGGUGGAAGGUGAGUCCAACGGCGAGCCCCAUGGGUUUAAGGGGUUCAUUCAUAGGAGCAUGAACUUGUUGACGACGAUGAACACUCGGCAAAAGGUCGCCAAGGAGUUCCAAGGCCUCAAGAGCCGUGUCAUGGAGGUGAGCGAGCGACGCAUGAGGUACAAGAUUGAUGAUGCUGUCUCAAAGCCAAACAAUACAACCAUAGACAUUCGCAUGCUGGCACUCUAUGCGGACACAUCGGGCCUUGUGGGUAUCGAUGGCCUGAGGGAUGAAUUAAUACACCUGAUGGUGGGUGAAGAGGGUGUUUCUGCACAACAGAGGAAGGUCCUCUCUAUAGUGGGAUUUGGAGGGCUUGGUAAGACUACACUUGCGAACCAGAUUUACCACAGGCUAAAGUGGCAGUACGAGUGCCAGGCAUUCGUUUCCGUGUCCCAGAAACCAAACAUACGAAUGAUUCUGAGAAGAAUGCUCUCUCAAGUUGGCUAUGUAGCGCUGGAGGGAACCAACAUGGAAAUAUGGGCAGAGGAUGAACUGAUCAGUGCACUCAGACAAUUCCUUAUGGAUAAGAGGUACUUGAUUGUAAUUGAUGACAUUUGGGAUGAAACUACAUGGAAUGUUAUUAGAUGUGCUCUUCCAAAAAAUUUGGACGGUAGCAUGAUAAUAACAACUACCCGAAUUAAUACUGUGGCUAGAGCUUGCUGCUGCAAUCAGCAUGACUAUGUUUAUAAGAUGAAGUCACUAAGCAACGAAGACUCAAGAAAGCUAUUUUUCAACAGAGUAUUUGGUUCAGAGGAAGCCUGCCCUCUGUAUUUGGAAGAAGUUUCAGCUCAGAUUUUAAAAAGAUGUGCUGGCUUGCCUCUUGCAAUUGUGACUAUAUCUAGCCUUUUGGCUAGUGAGCAAAACACAUUGAAGGAGAAUUGGGUGCAUAUAAAGAAUUCAUUGGGCCCCAAUUUCGAGGUGAAUCCAACAUUGGAAGGAAUGAGGCAAAUACUGAGCCUUAGUUACAUAAAUCUUCCUCAUUAUUUGAAGACAUGCAUGCUAUAUUUGGGUAUGUAUCCAGAGGACUAUAUAAUCUGGAAAAAUGAUUUGGUCAGGCAAUGGAUAGCCCAAGGUUUUGUAAGUAAAGUACAUGGGCAAUAUCCAGAGGCUAUUGCAGAGGGCUAUUUUAACGAGCUUGUUAACAGGGGCAUCAUUCAACCAGUUGAUACAGAUCAUAACAAUGAAGUGUUAUCUUGCAAAGUGCAUGAUAUGAUCCUCGACCUUAUUGUACACAAGUGCAGAGAUGAAAAUUUUAUAAUUGCGACACAUGACAUCCAAGCCAUGAUAGGUUUGUCUGGCAAGGUCCGCAGGCUCUCCCUCUAUCUGGAUGGUAUAAUAGAUGGCACCAUAUUGGAGACCGCCCAACUCUCACAAGUAAGAGCACUGGCGAGAUUCGGUACCUCUGCAUAUGCACCUCCUCUCUUGAAGUUCAACCAUCUUCGAGUUUUAACUCUUGAAUUUACAAGUGGAAACCAUGGGUCGGAGAUACCUGACCUCACUGGAAUAUCUCAUUUGUUUCAUCUGAGGUAUCUAAAAAUAAAAGCAGAUGGUGAAAUAGUGUUACCAAGGGAAAUUCGGGGGCUAGAGCAAUUGGAGACCUUGGAGUUAGGAGUAUGUCCUCUUGAAGUUCCGCAAGAUGUUAUUCAUUUGCGCCGAUUGCAGCACCUGAUCAUCCCUAGUGGGAUAAAUUUGCCCGAUGGGAUUGGCAACAUGAAAUCUGUAUGUACGCUGCAAGAGUUUGAUGUGGGCUUGAAUUCUAUAGACAACAUCAGAGGCCUUGGAGAACUGACCAAUUUGAGGAAUCUUCGAAUAUGUUACUACAUGGAUGAAUUGCAUGACAGGAAAACAACACAACGCUUGGAUGUUUUGAGAUGUUCCCUUGAAAAACUUUGCAACCUCAGAUAUCUGCACACGGAUUCUAAUAUCAACAGAAUAUAUGCGUUAAGCUCACAUGUUUCUCUUUGCCUUCUCCGGAGGCUUCACAUGUUGUGCAUGUUUCCAAUGGUUCCUAAGUGGAUUGGCGAGCUCCAUAACCUCACAGACCUUGAUCUUAGAUUUGAGGUGUUGGAAGAUGAUAUUGUAAUUCUUGCACAGUUGCAAUCUCUUAACCACCUCAAAUUGCACGUCGAAGGAACUUGUGAAGCUAAAGAGAAAGUAGUCAUCUGCGGAAUUGGAUUCCCUAUUCUCAAGCAUUUCAGGCUGUCCUGCAUCAGGAUAUCACAGCUGACUUUUGAGGCAGGGGCUAUGCCCAGUCUCGAAAAGCUUGAGGUAAGACUCAAUUUUCUCUACGGUGGUGCACCUAUGGGUAUCGAGUACCUAUUAGGCCUCAAGGAAAUCCUUGUAAUUGUUGGGGGAUAUGGUGCCGAGGGAUCCACUACAAGAGCUGCAGUGUCAGCGUUAAGGGAGGCCAUUGAUAUGCGCUCAAGUCGUCCUACAGCUGACAUUACGUGUGUUGACAAUUCAAUGUUCUUUGGACUCCUCUCAUUGUCCUCUGACGGCUUCAACUGGAGGAAGUUCGGCCAGAAAACUAUCCAUGACAGCAACUUCCGAAGAGAUUACUACCGCUGUGCACACUAUAGAUCGCAUAAAUGCCCAGUGAUCAAGCAUAUGCAGCGCACUGACGCUGACCCGCUGCUCUUUCAAGUCGUGUAUCGUCAUGAGCACACAUGUACUACACAGUCCAUUUUCCCGCUGCCACAACCUGGCAAUGAAGAAAUUGUUGACCGGUAAUUGCUCGGUCGGCUUCGCAGUUGCCAGUUGGGGAUUAAUCGUGUACCUAGCGACCCUCCGAGGCUAAAAAAGCUACUAAAAACUUGUAAACCAGUCAUUAUGUUGGUAGCAUAGUUUUGUAGUAUCUCGAGUGCCUCUCAUUUAAAUUCCAUUUGUCAUUUGCUUCCUUGCUUUUUUCUCUCCUUCACUUGGAUGUAAUAUGCACGUAAGUUUGUACUAGAUGCUGCUCUUGUUUACAAGUUCACCACCUGUACCUGGAACCUUAA